AAUUUUUAGAGAGAGACACGCGCGAACUGCACACACCAUGUUAUCCUUCCAUCAUGGGGCGGAGUCAACUGAAAAUCGGGCGAAAUGUGCAUUUCUGUGCAUUUCUUGCCGAGCUCUGCUUUAGCGUGUUCGUAAUAGAGUGAAAAAGCGUGGUUAGGAUUGCUCACGCAAUCCUCUUGAAGUUUUACCUUAUUAUUUCUUGGCAUUCCCAUUUAUAAUUUCGUAUUCCUUAAUCCCUAAAAUGCCGUAAAACAUAAAAUCGUCUCUGCCCUACUAGUUCACUAGGGAUGGGUGCCAUAUCAAUUGGAAGAAGAAAGUUCAUUUUCUAUUGAUAUUACAAUUUUUUGUUAUAUAUUCCAUUAAGGAAAAAUUAAUUUAUAAGUAUCGCAAGGUUAUACAAAGCGAAAACUUUAAAAAAUGAGUUAUAAUACAUGCCUCACGGAAGAAUGUCCAUUGACGAAAGAGAGAAGUUACAAAUACAGACUCUGUGCAUACUGUGGCAAUGGACUGAAAUUCAUCAUUGUCUGCUUUGUUGCACUGACUAUUGCCAUCACUACAAUGCUAGUGUUACAAAUUCUUUAUACUGAAAAUAUACCACAGAGCAACCUUCAUGGCGUUCAUGGAGCAGUCGCCACGGAUUAUUCCAAUUGUUCCCAAAUCGGUAUCAAGAUACUAGCAAGAUUAGGUAACGCGGUCGAUGCUGCGAUAGCAGCGACUAUUUGUAUGACUGUGGUUGCGCCUCAUAAAACUAGUCUCGGCGGAGGUGGUUACAUAAUGAUACAUAAUUAUAAAAAUUAUACUCAUCCGAUUGUCAUCGAUUUUGCAAAAAAUACAGCCACAGGUUUCUUUGCCGAGGUUGAAAUACGUUUACCAGCUCUAUUAAAAGGAUUAGAAUUUGCUCAAAGAUCGUACGGCAAUCUGCCAUGGCGAGAUGUCAUAGAACCUAUCAUCGAAUUGGCUCGAGAAGGAUUUGUUAUAUCUAAGGAUCUUGCGGACGAAGUGUCGAAGAAUACAGAUUACGAGAUUUUUUACGCUGGUCCUUUAAAUCCAGGAGAUAGAUUACAAUUACAGGAACUUACAAAUACGUUAAAUAUUGUAGCACGUGAUGGUGUAAAAGCAUUAUAUAACAGCACUUUAUUCUACGAAAUUAUACAAAAUACCACUCUUCAUGAAAAAUUGCUGGAACAAUUAGCGAAUUAUGAGCCUACCGUAACGAUGGCAAAAAGCUCAACAUUGCAUCAUCAUACAGUUUAUUAUCCGUCCCAUGCGUCUUUAAUGCAAGAGGUGAUUGAAGAAUUGGAAAAUCUUCCAGUUUCGACAAAAAAUGCAUCCACUUUAGAAUCUCAAGCUCUCGUUGCUCAGACAUUGAUGCACGUAUUUUCCCAAUUUUCUCAAAACGUGCAACAGGAAGUAAAAAGAGCAACUUACACUGGAGUCAUGGCAGUGGAUUGGCAAGAUACUUACGUUAGCAUCUUAUCUGGUCUAAGUUCACCUUUCGGCCGUGGAAAUAGAAUCGCUGGAUUUUUCUUAGACAAUAUCGACAACAAUAAUUUGUCCACGUUGAUUCCUAUUAUUUUUCUUAAUGACAAAGGAAUAUGUGGAUUACAUGGAGUGUUCGGUUCGAAUGAUGUUUUCCUCAAUGGCCAAAUCCUCUACAAUCUUAUUGUACGCGGAUUAAACAUUUCUGCCGUAAUAGAAUAUCCCAGGUACUAUUUUGCCUCCUACGGUAUGUUGAUUGAAAAUAAUCAAAGGCAUUCAAUGGAAGCUGCAUUGCAAGCUCGAUUGUAUUCUAUGAUAUCAUCAUUAUCCUAUGACAACAGCUUCUUCAUGACAAGCGUGAAUGCAAUUGUUAAAAGGAAAGAUUUGUUGUCGAGUCAUUCAGACAGUCGUGGAAAUGGAAUUGCAUCACGAUUUUAAGCCGUUAUGCGUCUCGUUAAAAACAUGUACAUAAAAAAAAUCGACGAAUCUCUAAGAAUCUUGGAGAUUAUACAUAAUAGGAGUAUAAAUAAGUUUCCGCCGUUUUUUAUUAAAAAUUGGGCAUUUAUUGUGAAAGAACGGUACCUAAUGUUUUAUUCGAAGUAUUGUCCAUCGCUAGCCACUACUUUUUCCCAUCUUUCUGG